CUCUAUCAAAGUAAGCACUCUUACCGGUCGUCACAACACGAAUCCUCCCCACCCUGUUGGGUCGUUGCCUGUAUCUGUGUACUAACGAGCCACCUCGCCCUAGCAACAUGUCCCGCAGACACGGCUCUUGGCAUGGCCAUCCACGUCGAUUUUACCCAGGGCGCCGUCAAUUCAUUCGCGGCCUCUGGGAACCCUACCUACGGCAGCGACGGCGUCACCUUCUCCGUCGCUGCCUCCGGCCAGGCGCCCCAACUCAUGUCGCUUUUCUACAUCAUGUUCGGCCGCGUCGAGAUCACACUCAAGGCCGCGACCGGCGCGGGCAUUGUCAGCUCCCUGGUCCUGCAGUCCGACACCCUCGAUGAAAUCGACCUGGAGUGGCUCGGUGCCGACCCGACCGAGGUGCAGUCCAACUACUUCGGCAAGGGUGACGUGACGACGUACAACCGCGGGCAGUUUCACCAGACAGACAACAACCAGGAAAGGUUUAUGAAGUACGCCAUCGACUGGACCUCGGAGCGCAUCGUCUUCUCCGUCGACGACACCAUUGUCCGCACCCUCACCGAGGCCGAGGCCGACGAGAACCAGUACCCGCAGACGCCGAUGCGGGUCAAGUUCGGCGCCUGGUCCGGUGGCGACCCGGCCAACGCACCAGGUACUAUUGCCUGGGCCCGUGGGCCGACAGACUUCAGCAAGGGGCCCUUCCAUAUGGUCGUCAAGGACGUCUCCAUCACCGACUACUCGACCGGCAAGGAGUACAAGUACACCGACACCUCGGGCAACUGGGGCUCUAUUCAGGCCGUCGGCGGCCAGAUCAACGGGAACCUCGGUAAGGCGGGCCAGGUCACGUACACGGCCAGCGCUGCCGCCGAGACGGGCUCGCCCGCGCCGACGGUGCCGAGGGGUGGUAUCGGCGCCGACGAGUCCGCCACCGCAACGCAGACCGGCUGGCCGUGGGUUGCUAGCGCGAGGCCGACUGGCGGCUCCGUCCCGGACGGUUGGCGCAUGAACUCCGAGGGCAAAAUAAUUCCGGACGGCGCCGGGGCCUCAGUACGCCCUCAGUGCUUGGCCGUGUUGGCGUCUCUUGUUCUUGGUGUCGCAGUGCUUGGGCGGUAACGAUUCGCGAUACCCAUCGGAAGAGAAUUUCCGACAAAUGAGAGAGGUACGAAUACCUGGUCAAUGGUUUGCGAGGUCUUUUCUUCUUCUUCUUCUUCUUUUUUUUUUACUCCGGCAGAGAACAUAUAAAAACAGCGGCUCGAGGUACAUCUGGGCAGCUCUGUGCAUAACAACGGCGUUUGUGUUUCUUGGGCUUUUCUGUUCUUUGGGAGCAUCAACGGGGGUCGGUUGUGCAUUGAAUGGGACCACUGGAGGAAUCCGCGCAGAUGGAUAGAAUAGACACAGUGUAUUAUGUGUGGCCCUCUCAGCGAAGAGAAGGGCACAAGAUGUGUUUGUACAAUUGUGUUAAUAAUGAAAUCAACUGCCUUCCCGACAUAUUGUACGCCGAGGUGUAUCGGGGCGUGUGGGGCCGGU